AUGUUUAUCUAUCCAUGUGACGGACUACUUGAAGACCAAAACCAACCAUGUCCUUCGUCCUCUAUACCCAUCACCGGUAACUGUAGUUCAUGCGGCAAACACUUAUGUCAGCUUCAUUCCACAGUCGAACAUCAUCCUUGUGUCCUACUAGACGAACACAGAAAACGAAAUGCUGAAAUUGCUCUUCACCAUAAAGAAAUCUCGACCCUAUUGGACCAGAUCGACAGUUCUCAAUUAGAAUCAAAUAUCACCGCUCUCAAACCUGGUAUACCAUGUCGAGCCAUGAUACCCCUUCCAUCCCAAGUUCUUAGAGGUGGGAUGAACGUUCAUAUUUCUAUCCAAUUCGAAGAUGGUGUUCGAUGGUUUGCUAGGAUCAGACAACAAUCUCAUUCUUCUCCACCUAUAGAAGUACAAGAGAUGAUUAUGCGCAGUGAGAUGAUCACCAUGCAAUUUCUAAAACAAGGCGGAGUGAGAGUUCCUGAAGUGUUCCCGGGAAACCAAAUGUCGCAUGGGCGACAACCAUCAGACGUAGGUGAACGACGACAACAAACUGGUCCAUUUAAAUCAUCUCGUGAUCGUUUCAUAUCACAAAUCGAUCUUAUCUUGGAAGAUAUAGAAAAAGGAUUACGUUUCGUCGAUGAUCCUCAAACGGCUUAUCUUGUUCAUUUACAAGUGAAACAAUGGAUAAUGGAAGAUGUCACUUUAGGGGUGGAGGAAGAAGAGUUUUAUAUCAAACAUGCGGAUGAUAAGGGGGAUCAUAUUAUGGUGGAUGAUGAAGGGAACAUCACCGGUAUUAUUGAUUGGGAAUGGGCGUACUCAACUACUAAAUCCGAAGCUUUCUCUGCUCCCCUAGGUCUGGUUAAUAUCUCCGAUUAUUUCAAUGGAAGCAAUUCAUUAAGUCCACAAGAAGAACGUUUAGCAGAAACAUAUGAGAAAUUGGGUCGUCCGGAUUUAUCAGCAUGGGUCAGAGCAAGUAAGAAAUAUCAACGUCUACUUCAUACCAUUGGUCAAUCGCCUGAUAUUGUCAUGCUUUUAGCUUUGGGGGAAUGUUUCGGGCAGGGGCUGGAAGAGAAGGUGGAGAAGAAUAAACAAGUAUCACUCGUUGAAUGGGUCAUCGAAGCUAAGAAAAGACUGCCGUUGUCAGAACUAGUUUUCAUUAGUAAAGUUGUCCCUGUCAUUACUCGGGACGAACCGGCUGUCCGAAAACUUUUGACACCCCCUGUACAUGGCGAGUAG